AUGCUGCAGCUGCAGCAGCAGCAGCAGCAGCAGCUGCAGCAGCAGCUGCAGCAACAGCAAAUGCAGCAGCAGCCAAUAGCAGCAGCAGCAGAAAAUGCAGCAGCAACAAAUGCAGUAGCUGCAGCAGCAGCAGCAGCAGAAACUGCAGCAGCAGCAGCAGCAGCAGCAGCAGCAGCACUGCGUCAUUUUAAGGGGGCAAAGCAAAGCCUCAAGAGAAAUCUGCAGCAGCAGCAGCAGCAGCAACUGCUGCUGCUGCGGCAGCAGCAGCAGUAG